GAAUUUUAACCGCAGAAGAAGAAAUUGAUUUUUAGCGUCACUUCCGCUGACCACUGCUGAAGGUGAUCCGAGUGAGCGCCUUACUUUUAUCAAUGUUGCGCCUCGCCACGGCAAUGCUGUGCCUUCAGUGCCGCCAUGUGACACCUUCACCUUUGAACCUCAGACCGUGUGUAACACUCACCUCAGCAGAAAACCAGCAGACCGUCAAGGCUCUCUAUGAUCUCUCUGUUGACAUCCAAAAGGUCCGCAAGCUGAAAGGCUGGGUCUUGCGUCAGAGUCCGGCUUACACAGUGGAGGUUGCGGACCUGUUGAAGGCCAUUGGAGCUUCGGAGCCCAUUAUCUCCCGGAUCUUAACUGUUUACCCUGAAGCUGUGCUUUGCAAUCCAGCACAAACACUGGCACAGAAGGAUCUGUGGAUGACAGUGUGCCCCAACCAGAAAGAACUGGUUGGUAUUAUAGAGAAAUUCCCAGCCUCCUUCUUCACAUCCUCAAGCCACCAUGGCAACCAGCGUAACAACAUUACUUACUUCCAAAACUUAAACCUCAAUAAGCGAAUCAUCACCAAGCUAAUGGCCAGCGCCCCGCAGAGUUUCAUUCGUCCAGUAGAGCAGAACGAGGACAUGGUGUGCACCCUCCAGCAAACCUACCAGGAACUCGGAGGAGAAGAGGCCAACAUGAAGAUUUGGCUUCAAAAGCUGCUGACCCAGAACCCUUUUGUACUCCUCAAACCACCUGAAGUGCUGAGGCACAACAUGUUGUUCCUCCGAGACAAAGGCUUCACUACUGCACAGCUCCUGUUCCUCCUCUCCAAACUGAAAGGCUUUGUUACUGAUCUAAACCCAGACAGCAUGAGCCACACCCUGGCGUACUCCCAGGACACCCUGGGGUGCUCCGAGGCAGAACUGCGAGACAUCAUUCUCAAAUGUCCCGCAUUACUUUACUACCCAGAAGAUAUUCUGGCUGAACGCUUCCAGGGACUUUGUAACGCCGGGAUCAGCAUGUAUCAAAUCACACAAACCCCAACCGUAUUGGAACUGACAACACAAAUCGUCAAUUAUCGCAUCCAGAGGCUGAAGUUACAUGGUUAUGAUGUCCGGACAGCUAGUUUGGGCGUCCUUAAUGGCACCAAGAAGGACUUUGAAACAAGCUAUGCGAAAUUACAGCUUCGCCGAGAGAGACCUAUUUUUAAUCCUGUUGCGCCUUUGAAAGGAGAUGACUGAUAUCAAUUCACCAGCCUCUUGAUUAGGUACCAUCUACUAGGAGUGAAUGUAAGUGAUGAACCGUAAGUUCAGCCUUUGUAUGAAUAAUUUGCCAAGUAUUGAGUAAUUCAACAUCUUUUGUUUCUUAAAAAUUGAUGUCUUUAUAGGGGAACUGCACUUUUUUGGGGAAUUUUGCCUAUUCACAAUCACUAUGACGGACGUAACGACGGAUGCAUUUUGUAAUGUAUUUUAACUCUAUACAUAACUAAAUAAACAUAGACAAAAGUCUUCCUACAACGGAGCCAAUGGGAGGUCCUCUAUUCCGCCCAUAAAACACAAUAGAAAACAUUAAAGGGGAACAUUAUCACAAUUUCAAAAGGGUUAAAAACAAUAAAAAUCAGUUCCCAGUG